CUGGAUUUAGGCCAUACUGGAAUUGAAAUGGUUCCCUCGGCCAUUGAGUGUCUUAAUAACCCUGACUCUCUAUCACUAAUCAACUGCACCAGGCUAAAGAAUCUUCUUAGGAGUAUUCAGAAUUUGACGACUCUUAUGGACAUUGAUAUCCGUGGUUGUUCAAACAUCACUGAGUUCCCAGAGGUUUCAGGAGAUAUGAAGUAUUUAUAUUUGAAUGAGACUGUAAUUCAAGAAUUACCAUCUUCAGUUGAGUGUCUUACUGAACUAAAUACAUUGAGUCUUGGAAAUUGCACAAGCCUAGAAAGUGUUCCAAGUGGUGUUUUUAAGCUGAAAUGUCUUGAAGUUCUUUAUCUCUUUGGUUGUUCAAAAUUGGAGAAUUUACCUGAAAUCUCGGAGUCUAUGGAAAAGUUAGAGACUCUUGAGUUACAAGGAACCGCCAUAAAAGAGUUACCUUACUCAAUUGAACGUCUGACUCAGCUUUCUUUGUUGCACUUGGGGAACUGCAAAAACCUUACAAGUUUGCCAAAUAACUUCUUUCAGUUAACGUCACUUUCAUCUCUUGUUCUUUCUGGUUUGUCUAGUAUCGAGAAAUUGCUGGACAACUUGCCAUUAUCUCUAUUUUCAGGUUUGUGCCCCUUAGUUGAAUUAAAUCUCAGUGACUGCAACCUGAUAGAAUUACCAAGUGCUUUCAGUUGCUUAUCGUCCUUGAGAGUAUUUAGAUCUAACUGGAAACAAUUUUGAGAGCCUGAGCCUCAAACCAUUUUCUCGUCUUAAAAACUUUGAUGUUAGCUAUUGCAAGCGACUUCAAUCUAUACUAGAGUUUCCAUCUCCAGUGCAUCUGACAGAUUUUCAGGCACAUGAUUGCUUAUCACUCAAAACUAUACCAAAUUCAAUGAAUUUACCCUUUACAGCAGACUGGAAUUCCCAGCAGAGUUUCACAUUUUCCAAUUGCUUCAAUCUGACUGAAGAUGCACAAAGAAAUAUUCUUGCUGAUGCAGAACUUCAAACACAGGUUAUGGCAACUAAUGCACGAGAGACUGCAUCAAUGGAAGAUUAUUUGGAGUGGUAUUGGCCAGGAGCUUCCGUCAGUAUUUGUUUCCCUGGAAAUGAAAUUCCAGGGUGGUCAGCCAUCAAAAUGUGGGAUCUUCAGUAACAAUGGAACUCCCUCAACAUUGGUCUAGCAGUAAGUUCUUAGGCUUCGCUCUGUGUGUUGUAGUUACAUUCGACGACUACGAUGAUUACAUGAAUUUCAAUGUCGAAUGCAAAUGCAAAUUUGAAACCAAUGAUGGUGACAAGCAUAACAUUGAUUGUGGUCUGAAUGGCUUAAAAGCUCAAUACAAAUCCAGAUCUGUUUCGUCUGAUCAUGUAUUCCUGUUUUUCCAUGAGCGAUUGUAUGCUAUGCUAGUUCAAAGAGAUGAUCAGGACCAUUUCUUCAGUAUGUACCAGUCCUGCCAUAAGGUUUUGUUUGAAUUCUUGCCAGUAGAUGACAACCAGUUGCCCCUACUGAAUUGCGAGGUGAAGAAGUGUGGGGUCUGUGUACUGAGCUUGAAGGAGGAGGAUGCAGAAAUUUUUGACAGCUCCAACGUAGAUGAACAUGUUGAAAGUGGAAGUGAUAGUAACUCCAAUCAUGAGGUACAAGAGGAUCCAAACUCCCAAACAUUGAAAGAAAAGGAAACCAAUUUAGAGGCUAAUGCCUUCUGGUUGGCUCAAGGCAGAGCCAAGCUAUUAUGUAUGAACUUCUUGGUUGGAGUGGCUGUGGUUUUAUUUCUGCGGUAUUUCCUGGGCGUUGUAACUGUUAAUGGUUUCAUAAAGCUCUUGGUCUCUUUGCUGCAAUAAGCCCUGCAGAUGUUGGGGCUAAUUAACUAUAGGAGAAACAUGUAUCUAUAAUUUAUU